GAGCACAUGCAUUAUUAUUAUUAUGCAAUUACAAAGUCCAAAGGUGAGAGAAAGAGAGAGAGUGAGAGAGUGAGAGAGAAAGAGAGAGAAACUUGGUAGAGAUAAGAUGGGAUGUAAUUCAGUACUCAGAAGCCCCAAGAAAGAAGAACAAGAGGUACCAGAUGCUAUCAAUUCUUUAUUACCAAAUUCUAACCAAUCUUACAGCUAUGAAGAUUUCAAUAUUUUGGACGAAAUGGAAGGGGUCUUCAACUCCAAAGAGGAACAAAACUUACUGCAACAAGACUCUUCGAGUGGCGAAUUCCAUUGGGAUUUCAUGGAAUGGGAGGAAUUUGCUCGCAUUGAAGAGGAAGGAGAAGACGAAAACGAAGGAAAAGAGCAGGUAACAGAGAGCAUGAGGCAGUACCCUUUUGAGGAGAAGCAGAUAAAGAGAGAAAACAUUGUUGGGUUUUGGGAAAUGGAUGAUGAGAAGAUGAUGGCUUUGAACUUGAACUUGAACUAUCAAGAGGUUUUGGAUGCAUGGUCUAACCGAGGCUCUCUUUGGGCUGAUGACUGUUCUCUUUCCUUGGAAACCAACAAUGCUUACUAUAAUGGAGAAGUGCCAGUGUUGGAAGAAGAGAGAGCGAGAAGGGAAGCAAGUGUUCUUAGAUACAAAGAGAAACGUCAGAACAGAUUGUUCUCAAAGAAGAUAAGAUACCAAGUUCGGAAACUAAACGCUGAUAAAAGACCAAGAAUCAAGGGUCGCUUUGUGAAGAGACACUGAAGUUGCUCCGAAAAGAUCUCAAACC